AUGUGUGAAGAAAAAGAUAAGCGAAAUACAGAAAGCCUGUAUUGCAUUGCAUUUAAUACUGAGAGAUGCUGUACAUUGAAUCUGACAACUAUGGAAAGAGAAAUCAUGGAGAAGUCAAGUAGCGAGGAUUCUUCAAUUCACCGGAGUCCAUCUUUGGAUAGCAAAGACUCAGAUUUUGCUAAAUCUUCUGCCUCAGGAAGGCAAUUUGGUCGAGGUUUUACUGCUGGAGCUUUCUAUGGUACAGCUGGAUCACGCGCACAGAACCACACUGGCGUCGAAACUGGGACUGGCAUAAAAAGUAACAAAUACAGUGCACCCAAAGGCAGCAAAUAUGUGGUCUUUUACCUGGAUCUAUCCUUUGUUUUCCUUUUAGAAUUUAAGAAGUGCGACAUGACAAGAGGCUGCCUGUGUUGUUUGAAAUAUAUGAUGUUCCUUUUCAAUUUGAUAUUUUGGUUAUGUGGCUGUGGGCUCCUGGGAGUGGGCAUCUGGCUGUCAGUAUCACAAGGAAACUUCGCCACAUUUUCUCCUAGUUUUCCAUCACUUUCAGCUGCCAACCUAGUCAUUGCCUUUGGUACAGUCAUCAUGGUGACCGGCUUUCUGGGCUGCCUAGGUGCUAUCAAGGAGAACAAGUGCCUACUUUUGAGUUUUUUCAUCGUUUUGCUGAUAAUUCUCCUGGCAGAGCUGAUAUUACUCAUUUUGUUCUUUGUUUAUAUGGACAAGGUCAGUGAGAGUGCAAAGAAGGAUUUGAAGGAAGGUAUGAAGCUGUACAAUUCAGAAAAUAAUGUUGGACUGAAAAAUGCAUGGAAUAUCAUUCAAGCAGAGAUGAAAUGCUGUGGUGUAAAUGACUUUACGGAUUGGUACCCAGUACUGGGAGAAAACAUUGUCCCAGACCGAUGUUGUACAGAAAACUCUCAAGACUGCGGAUGGAAUUCCACUGAAUUAGUGUGGAAAACGGGAUGUUAUGAGAGAGUUAUGACUUGGUUUGAUGAGAAUAAGCAUGUCCUUGGCUCAACUGGGAUGUGUAUCCUUAUAAUGCAGAUUCUUGGCAUGGCCUUCUCCAUGACACUCUUCCAGCAGAUUCACAGGACUGGCAAAAAAUAUGAUGCUUAAAGCCUCUGAAACAUUAUCACAUCAGCCCUUCUGUUUGAUCAUAAAAAUGAACAAAAGAAGUGACUGCAAAGAGUAUCAAGCCAAGCCCUGCUGACUGAAUCCCUCCCACUGUCUGAUCUACUUUGUUGUUACUUGGACAGAUAUUAUCACAACUUGUUGUUUGAUUCAUAUUUUUGUCUGUUUCACAUUUGCCAUUUAUUUGCCAAAGAGAGGGAAAAAAGCUUCCGAACCAAUGGAUUUUCUAAACAAAAUCAUAGAUCUGUUCCAAGACUAUUCCCUUGAUUUAAGAACACAUUUUGCUUUACCAAUACAUGCUAAAUGUGCAGAAGUUAUAUAAGUUAAACUUUAAAGGAGAAUUCUUCAAAGUCUUCCAUUACGUUUUCAACCCUCAUGUUCAGUUCACUGGAAGUCUUGUAAAAGCCACUCUAACUGGGAGUCCUAUGUAUUGGAGCUUCUUGUACCUGAUGGUGUAUACUUUUUUGUUACAAUAAUGAUGAUUAUUAAUAUUAUGAUAAAUAUAGCUUAGAAUUUAGUAGCCUGAUUUAUAACUUUUAUAUAGUAUAUCUGUUUUUACACAUUUAUUGUACAUUAGUGUAGAAACCAUUGUGCAGUGUCCUGAGGAUAUGUUUUUCAAAGUUGACAGUUGGGGGGGAUAGAUAAAGAGAAUGUUUCUCAAAUUCACUACUUGAGAAACACUCCUCUUACCUCCUACCUACUAUUCCUGUGAGGCUAAAUUUCAAUGUCUUUACCCAGCCAAAGCAGACUGUGGCACUGUAAUUGAUGGUCCUUAUUAGACUGCUUUGAUGUUAUGCUAUUUUGAAAUCUAAAAGUACUAGCUAAGUGAGUAGUUCUCCCUGGCAUAAAGGAGAAAAGUUGCAGUCUGACCUGCUGGUCACUUGGCAGCAGAUUUCACAGACUGUAUUGUCUGUUUCAAAAAAUUUGCCUAAAGCAUGGUGUGCUACUGGAUAUUAGAAAGAGGGUUAGCAAUUGUAUUACAAUUUUGUCAUGCUAUGCCUUUCAGUGAAGGGGUUCCAUCAAAGAAAUGACAGCUAUCUCUCUGAUCUGGAAAAGGUGUCUCUGGACAGAGAGGAACAUGAAUUUGAUUAAAGAAGAGCUGAUUCAGAAAAGGGACAGUUUCCAAAAGAAACUCAGGGAGACUAUGCACUGUCACACCUUCAGCACAGAACUGGUUCAUGCUGGGAGACUGCCAAGUCUACCCAAUGAGGUAGAGUUCACUGAGAUGUGAUGCAUAAUUUUUAGCCGUAUUCUGACUACAAAAUUUGAACAAAAAUUCUAGUUAGAAUGCCAUUUUAUUGCAAACCAAUGCAAUU